CAUGUUGGCAGAGGGAGAAAGAGGAAGAUGCUGCGCUCUACCCUUGGUGCGUUCUUGCCACCUCUCCAGCCAGCGCACACAGCGUCUGACUCAGACUCCGCUUUCAGUUGUCUUCGCCUAAAAGACUUAAGAGAGGAGGUGAAAGAGCAACCGAAGAAUAAUCUGGAGCACAGGAGCUCUCACUCCAAGGAUCCCAAUUGGAAAAACAGCAGGAGAACAGAAGAGAACAGCAAUUGCUCCUCUUCUGUGAUGGAAACUACUAAUACCUCAGCUGUGACCACCACCACCUCGUCCUCUUCUGUUUUCCCUCCCUCCUUUUCCUCCCGCUCAGCUCCAAGAUCCAUGUGGCAAGAGGCAAUAAGGAGGAAGCGAUAUCUCCUUGACCGGACAGGGGGUUCUGGUAAAGUGGAUAAAGGAAGAGGUGGGGAGCAGAGGAGAAACAGGUCCCCGGACUGGCUAUAUGAAUCCUACUAUUGUAUGAGCCAGCAGCAUCCUCUCAUUGUGUUUUUGCUCCUCAUAGUGAUGGGAGCCUGUCUGGCUCUGCUGACUGUGUUCUUUGCUUCAGGACUGAAUGUUGCGGACCAUGUGGCCUUUGUAAUCACUGUGCCCACAGCACUGGCUAUAUUCCUGGCAGUUUUUGUACUUGUCUGCAUUGAGUCCAUCUUCAAGAGGCUUUUACAAGUUUUCUCCUUGAUCAUCUGGGCUUGUCUGGUUGUCAUGGGUUACCUUUUUAUGUUUUCUGGGGGAAUCGUCUGUCCAUGGGAUCAGGUGUCUUUCUUCCUGUUCAUUGUAUUUGUGGUCUACACCAUGCUGCCAUUCUCCAUGCGGGAAGCCAUUAUUGCCAGUGUUCUGACCUCCGCCUCUCACACCAUUGUGUUGAGUAUCUGCCUGUCCGCCACAGCUGAUCACAUGGAGCCGGUAGUGUGGCAGAUCUUGGCCAAUAUGAUCAUUUACAUGUGUGGCAACCUGGCUGGGGCAUACCACAAGCAUCUGAUGGACUUGGCACUGAAACAGACCUACCAAGACACCUGCAACUGCAUCAAGUCCCCGAUUAAACUGGAGUUUGAAAAGAGACAGCAGGAGCGUUUGCUGUUGUCUCUGCUGCCAGCGCACAUCGCCCGUGUGAUGAAAGCUGAGAUCAUCCAGAGGCUGAAAGGACCAAACUUUGGCCAGAUCGAGAACACAAACAAUUUUCACAACCUUUACGUCCAGCGACACACUAACGUUAGCAUACUCUAUGCUGAUAUAGUUGGAUUCACUCGGCUGGCCAGCGACUGCUCACCCGGAGAGCUGGUGCACAUGCUGAAUGAACUGUUCGGAAAAUUUGAUCAAAUUGCUAAGGAGAAUGAGUGUAUGCGGAUCAAAAUCCUUGGCGACUGUUACUAUUGUGUAUCCGGCCUGCCGGAGUCAUUGCCAAACCACGCUAAAAACUGUGUAAAAAUGGGUUUGGACAUGUGUGAGGCUAUCAAGAAAGUGCGAGAUGCCACUGGGGUUGACAUCAACAUGCGUGUCGGUGUGCAUUCUGGGAAUGUCCUGUGUGGUGUUAUUGGACUUCAAAAAUGGCAGUAUGAUGUUUGGUCACAUGAUGUUACACUGGCCAAUCAUAUGGAGGCAGGAGGUGUACCAGGGCGUGUCCAUAUCACCUCAGUGACACUGGAACACCUGAAUGGUGCCUAUAAGGUGGAGGAUGGUGAUGGGCAAGAGAGAGAUCCUUACCUGAAGGAACAUGGUGUCAUUACUUAUCUGGUUAUCAACCCAAAGAUAGAUCGACGAAGCCCACAGCAUCAUUACAGACCCAGACACACUCUUGACGGUGCAAAGAUGAGAGCUUCAGUCAGGAUGACCCGCUACCUGGAGUCAUGGGGAGCAGCCAAGCCCUUUGCCAACCUGCACCACAGAGACAGCAUGACUAAUGACGGGAAGAUCAGCACUGCUGAUGUGCCGAUGGGGCAAUAUCACUUCCAGAGAAGAUCAGAAAGGACAAAGUCCCAGAAGAAAAGGUUUGAAGAGGAAUUCAACGAGAGGAUGAUCAGAACAUUUGAUGGGAUAACUUCACAAAAACAGUGGCUCAAAUCUGAGGACAUUCAGAGAAUAUCGCUGUUUUUUCACAACAGAUCACUAGAAAAAGAGUACCGAGCAACAACCUUGCCAGCCUUUAAAUACUACGUCACCUGCGCCUGUUUGAUCUUCUUCUGCAUUUUUAUUGUCCAGAUUCUGGUCCUACCGAAGACAGCUGUUUUAGGUAUAUCCUUUGGGAUGGCCUUUCUAAUCCUGUCCUUGAUCCUCUUCAUAUGUUUUGUUGGACACAUCCUGCACUGCAGUAAAAGUGCAUCUACUUCUUGGAUGUGGCUGCUGAGGUCAUCAGUUAUUAUCGCCAACAAGCCAUGGCCCCGCAUCACUCUCACCAUGACAACCACAGCUCUAAUACUUAUAAUGGCAGUCUUCAACAUGUUCUUUCUGGAAGACAAUGAGGUUCCCCCAGUUCUUGUUUACAACUCAUCUAAUGAAACUCUGCUUUACCCAAAUGGGCAACACAUACAUACAUUCACUGGCAAAAACAAUUUCUAUCUUCCUUAUUUAAUUUACAGUUGCAUCCUGGGCCUGAUCUCUUGCUCAGUAUUCCUGAGGAUAAACUACGAGCUGAAGAUGAUCAUUAUGCUGACAGCAGUCGUGGUCUACAAUGUCAUUAUUCUGCAAACACACGCUCCUUUGCUGGAUGAAUAUAGCAGAUUUCUUUACAGGACUGAGAGCCUGGACAGACCAGGAGUUCUCAAAGACCUCAAGACUAUGGGCUCUAUCUCCCUCUUUAUCUUUUUCAUCACCCUGCUUGUGCUUGCCAGACAGAAUGAAUAUUACUGUAGGUUGGACUUUCUCUGGAAGAACAAGUUUAAGAGGGAGUGUGAGGAGAUUGAAACCAUGGAGAACCUCAACCGGGUUUUGCUGGAAAAUGUCCUGCCUGCUCAUGUUGCAGAACACUUCUUAGCUCGCAACUGGAAAAAUGAGGAUCUGUACCACCAGUCCUAUGACCUGGUGUGUGUCAUGUUCGCCUCUAUCCCCGACUUUAAAGAGUUCUACACUGAAUCUGAUGUAAACAAGGAGGGAUUAGAGUGCCUCAGGCUACUCAACGAAAUCAUUGCUGACUUUGAUGAGUUGCUUUCCAAACCUAAAUUCAGUGGAGUGGAGAAGAUCAAGACAAUUGGCAGCACUUAUAUGGCUGCUACUGGGCUUAAUGCAUCACCUGGGCCUGAAUAUACAUCACAGGAACAUGACAGACAGUACAUGCACAUAGGAACUAUGAUAGAGUUUGCUUUCGCCUUGGUAGGGAAGUUGGAUGUUAUCAACAAACACUCCUUUAAUGACUUCAAACUCAGAGUCGGUAUUAACCAUGGUCCAGUUAUAGCUGGAGUUAUUGGGGCUCAGAAACCACAGUAUGACAUCUGGGGGAACACGGUGAAUGUAGCCAGCAGAAUGGACAGCACUGGAGUCCUGGGGAAAAUACAGGUGACAGAAGAGACAAGUCGCAUCCUUCUGACGUUAGGCUACAUGUGCUCUUGUAGAGGCAUCAUCAAUGUCAAGGGCAAAGGAGAACUCAAGACCUUCUUUGUGCACACAGAGAUGACUCGCACAUUGUCCCAAGGGAAUGUAAUGUCAUAAAAAUGGCUUAUUUUUUUUAUUUAUACAGGCACAACGAACAUAGACUUUGAUCUGCGAUGGGGAGCUUUGAUCUUUUCAGUGCUGUGUAACAGAAACAAGUUUGAGCCAGGAAAGAAUCCGAUUUGGACUGCAAGGAGGAGAAACAUCUGAUUUUACUGUCUGAUUACAUUAUCUAGGCCCGAGCUGUAGUAUACUUUUAGUCACUUAUGUUAUUAUAAGUGUAGCAUGGAGAGCAAGAAGGGAGUAAAUUCUAAAACUAUGCUGUAAUUUAAAUGUUGGAGCUGGAAAAUCUAUAGCGGUAAAGGUUAGUCAGAUACAGUGUUGUACAGUACACACUCAGUGGGACAGGAGACUUGCACAUGGUCCAAAUCAUCGUUGUGACUCAGCCUUGUGAAGCUUGUAGCAGUCACUGUACCACAGAAACCAAUCUUUCAGCCAGCUGCAUUAAAGCAGAUCUCGGUUUACACAGAGGUAAAGAUUAGAAGCAGGAUACACAAGGGAAAGUCAAGUUAAAAUUGCAUCAUAUAAAAGCAUGUAAAAAACAGUUUGAUAGGGAAUAAUGAUAGUGCCACAAACACCAGCGUACUGAUCUUUUUAUGAAUGUAAGAAUGUUAAUUGCCCCUGAAAUUUGAGUGAUACAAAAGAUCUGAAACUUAAAUUAUGGACAAACUAACAAAAAAAACAUGUUGUAAGGGUACAAAAACAGAGGCAGCCAACAUGAUCUACAAUGUCUACAGAAGUCUAUCAAACUUGUUCAAAGCAAGUUUUGGAUGUAUUCUACUGGCAGUAUGCAGCUAUUAAAGGUAUAAACCUAUCUAUGGAUAUAUUGUGAUAUUCACACAAGUUUUCCAAAGUUGCCUUUGCACUGUCAUCAUCUAGUCGGCAUUAUCUAAAAUAUUCAUGUUGUACAGAAGAUUUUCCAGUUAUUGCUGAAAAUAAUCAGGGGUCAGAUGCAUUAGCAGCUUGUGGAAUGUACAGGAAUAUAUAAAAGCCUGUUCACAAUGUGGCCAUAUUGUAUACUUAAGACAUAAUGCUAAAAAAGGGAAGGACAGGCACCUUUUCUCUAUGCCCACUGAGCACAUGAAGUCAUAGUUACUACAACUGUAGCAUAAAAACUAAUAUUAUUUUAUGGCAUACCGAUGUGAUUUGGAAUAAUACCUUUGAGGCUUUCUAAAUAUCUUUAUAAGCUACAUUUUGUGAAACAUGUGAAUCAUGACAAAGUGUGUGGAAGACUUUAAAACGGUGACACUCUUCAUCUACCUGGUUUGGUCCAGUAAGCUGCCUGUUGCUCUUACUUCACUCAAUGCUCUGAACUAUGGUGUAUUUUUCAAUGAAACCAGCAUUCAAGACCCCGUUAUGACAUGAACCGGUCAUGCAGUUUUUCAGGUAAAUGUAAUGCAAGAGAAGGAUGCUGUGUAUUUCAUGUAUCACUAAAACUGUGGCCCAACGUUUGCAGGGAAAUGAGCAUGCUAAACCACUCAUGAAGAAAACUAAAACUGAUGUACAGCAGGUCUGCCUGCAGCAUUAUAAAGACAGAAAUCAACUCAUC